CUCCAUCUUGUCCAUGGCUGGUCUGGCGCUGGACCACGUUUCCCAGAGUCCACAGCGGCCCAAUGUUACGUCUUUCUUGACGUCGUGACGAGAUCGUUAGCUCCAUAAGGACCCGGACGCCACCAGAGGAGGCCGAAGACUCUGUCAUUGUCCAGGAGAAGAGUCCAGAUAAACCAAAGGUCAAACAGUUCUAAAAGCCAUGGCCCAGGGAUUGGUGACAUUCAGGGAUGUGAUCAUAGAGUUCUCUCAGGAAGAAUGGAAGUGCCUGGAACCUGCCCAGAGAGACUUGUACAGGGAUGUGACUUUGGAGAACUUCAGUCAUUUGGUCUCACUAGGUCUUUCCAUUUCUAAACCUGAUGUCAUCUCCUUAUUGGAGCAAGGGAAAGAGCCAUGGAUACUUGCAAAUGAUAUGACAGGACCAUGGUACCCAGACUUGAAGUCCAGGUAUGAGGCAUUUCCACAAAAUGAUAUUUUUGAAAUAAAGUCAUUCAACUGGGAGGUAAUGGAAAGCCUUAAAUAUUGCGAUCUUCAGGGCUCCAGUUUUAAAGAAGACUGGGAAUGCAAAGGGCAGUUUGUGAGACAAGUAAAUCAGGAGUGUUAUUUCAAGCAAGUAGAAAUCGCCUUUGAAAACAUCCCCACUUUGGAGCAUCACACAUCUCUCACUCUACCUCAGCACAGUAGGACCAGUAAGAAACUGAUUGAAUGCAAUGAAUGUGGGAAGGCAUUUGGCCGAGGCUCACACCUUAUUCAACAUCAGAAAACUCAUACUGGUGAAAAACCCUUUGAAUGUAAGGAAUGUGGGAAGGCCUUUAGUCGUGCUUCACACCUUGUUCAACAUCAGAGAAUUCAUACAGGUGAGAAACCUUAUGACUGCAAGGAAUGUGGGAAAGCCUUUGGUCGUACUUCAGAACUUAUUCUACAUCAGAGACUUCAUACUGGUGUGAAACCCUAUGAAUGUAAUGAGUGUGGAAAAACCUUUAGGCAACAUUCACAACUUAUUCUGCAUCAAAGAACUCAUACAGGUGAGAAACCCUAUGUAUGUAAAGACUGCGGGAAGGCUUUUAUUCGAGGCUCACAAUUAACUGUUCAUCGGAGAAUCCAUACAGGUGCUAGACCCUAUCAGUGUAAAGAAUGUGGGAAGGCAUUUAGACAGCAUUCACAACUGACCGUACAUCAGCGAAUCCAUACUGGGGAGAAACCCUAUGAGUGUAAGGAAUGUGGAAAGGGCUUUAUCCAUAGCUCAGAAGUUACUCGACAUCAGAGAAUCCAUUCUGGGGAGAAACCCUAUGAAUGUAAGGAAUGUGGGAAGGCCUUUAGACAGCACGCUCAGCUUACUCGGCAUCAGAGAGUUCAUACUGGUGACAGACCCUAUGAAUGUAAGGACUGCGGGAAGGCUUUUAGUCGUAGUUCAUACCUUAUUCAACAUCAAAGAAUUCAUACAGGUGACAAGCCCUAUGAAUGUAAGGAAUGUGGGAAAGCUUUUAUCCGCGUUUCACAGCUGACUCACCAUCAGCGAAUUCACACUUGUGAAAAACCCUAUGAAUGCAGGGAAUGUGGAAUGGCCUUCAUUCGUAGUUCACAACUUACUGAACACCAGAGAAUUCAUCCUGGCAUCAAGCCUUAUGAAUGCAGAGAAUGUGGGCAGGCCUUUGUUCUUGGCUCACAGCUCAUUGAACAUUACCGAAUUCAUACUGGUUAGCGUGUUAAGGAUAUAGAAAAGAUUUUGUGUGGAGUUCACACCUGGCUUAAUAUUAGAUCAUUUUUAAUGUAAUUAAAGUCAGAAAACUUUGAUUUGUCACUUUCAUUAUGGAACAUUAGAGAACUCAUAUCAGGAGAAAAUUCAAUAAAUGUGGAAAUUCUUUUUGCCUCACUCACUGUUUAUUAAGCAUCAGAGAACCUAUGCUUAAAAAAGAAAAGAAAAAGUUAAUAUGAAUGUAGAAAGGCCUUCUGUUACUACUCAAAAAUCUGUUAAACUUCUGAGAUUUCCAAAUAGAAACUGAUCAAAUUAGAAUAUUUUGUAGCUGGGCACAGUGGAGCAAGCCUAUAGUCUCAGCUACUCAUAGGAUAAAGCAGAAGGAUCUCUUGAAUCCAAAAGUUGGAAACCAACCUGGGCAACAUAGCAAGACCACACCUCCAAAUAUAUAUAUAUAUUUUUUGUGAAUGUGCCUUUUGUCUUUUGUCAUAGUAUAGACAUUAGUUGACAUUGUUGUUAUUCCACUGAUUACUAACAUUGUAGGAUUGGAUAAAUUGUGCGAUCUCUUUCCUUUAUUUGUUAAAAAAAAAAUUAAAUGGUGAUGAUUAUACGAAUCUAAUAGAGCUUUCAUGGGGACUAAAUCAGAUAUUUUACAUAAGGCCUUGUAAAGAAUAUCUUGUUAUGUGUUCAAUAAAUAUUAGCUAUUGUCA